AAGAAGAAAGAAAUGUUAUGAACCAACCAAAUAUAACAAUCCUAGAAUUUUUUUUUGAUAAUGAAUAAUCCUAGAAUUUGAUAUCAAAGAUUACUGGAAUAAAACAUUACAACGCGACCAAACGGCCCUAAAUCAGGCUCCGUAUAUACGUAGGUCCAACAUGGUUGCAUCAAAGAUUGUAAUGGCGUCGCUGUCGCUGACCCACCGUCGUGCUCUAACGUGCGCCGUCACGGCCUCAGCCGCUUAUCCUGCGCGCCUGGUGCCACACCCACCGGACCUCAUCAAGUGGGUCAGGAAGGAAGGUGGGUUCGUGCACCAGGCUGUGAAGAUAGCACAGCAGCACGAUGAGACCAUUGGUCUUGGACUCGUUGCCUCUGAAGAUAUCCCAAAAGGGUCUGACCUUAUUGCUCUUCCUCAUCACAUUCCAUUGAGCUUUGAAUUCGACCACUCUGUUUUGUCCAACUUGGCUCGUAAAGUUCCAGAGGAACUAUGGGCAAUGAAAUUGGGUUUGAAGCUUCUGCAAGAAAGAGCAAAGGUUGGAUCCUUCUGGUGGCCAUACAUCAGCAAUCUCCCUGAAACUUACAGCAUACCCAUCUUCUUUCCUGGGGAGGACAUAAGGAACUUGCAAUAUGCUCCUCUUCUUCACCAGGUAAACAAGAGAUGCCGGUUUCUUCUUGACUUUGAUCAUGAAGUCAGACAUGCGCUUGAAAAUCUGAAACCAGAUGAUCACCCUUUUGGUGGCCAAAACGUAGAUGCAUCCUCCCUAGGAUGGGCAAUGUCAGCAGUCUCUUCUAGGGCAUUUCGUUUGCAUGGUAAAAAGCUUCUAGAUGGAACCCACAACAAUGUUCCCAUGAUGCUUCCUCUCAUUGACAUGUGCAACCAUAGCUUCAAUCCGAAUUCCCAAAUUGUUCAAGAACAAGAUGCAGACAACUUAAAGAUACUAGUAAAGGUUGUGACAGAAACAGCGAUCAAACAAAAUGAUCCUUUAGUACUUAAUUAUGGCUGUUUAAACAAUGAUCUUUUCUUGCUUGAUUAUGGAUUUGUGAUACCCUCAAAUCCCUAUGACUGUAUUGAACUCAAAUAUGAUGGAGCUCUUUUGGAUGCUGCAAGCCUGGCUGCCGGAAUUUCUUCACCCAACUUCUCUGCUCCAGCUCCAUGGCAGAAAGAAAUUUUAUCCCAGCUAAAUUUAGAAGGGGAAGCUCCCAUUCUCAAGGUAAGCCUGGGAGGUCCAGAAUUAGUAGAGGGCCGCUUAUUGGCAGCCUUAAGAGCUCUCCUAGCUAGUGACAUGGAAACAGUGCACAAGCAUGAUUUGAACACACUCAAAUCUUUAUCUGCUGAAGCUCCUCUUGGUAUUGCAAAUGAAGUAGCUGCUUUCCGCACCAUUAUUGCGCUCUGUGUGAUUGCAUUGGGACACUUCCCCACAAAAAUAAUGGAUGAUGAAUCCCUUUUGAAGCAGGGUGUCUCAGGUUCAACUGAGUUGGCCAUCCAAUUCAGAAUGCAGAAGAAAUCUUUGAUUAUAGAUGUGAUGAGAAAUCUCACUAGAAGGGUGAAGUCACUCUCAUCAAAAGGAGCAACAGCUCAAGGCUAAUUUAUUAUGGUGGAAGUCAUUUUCAUGGUGGCUUGUUUGCUCUCAAUAAUCUCACUAUGCUGAAAUUGUCAUGUAUGUUGUCACUACUCAUUUGUUCCUUUUACCUUUCUUGUGAUUUUUAUUGCCUUUAUCCUCUUUAGUAACCUGAUGAUUAUGUUUCUAGAAAAUUUUGACUGUUUUACUGGUGAUACCUCCUAGCUCGGUUCUGUUUUAAUCUGGUCUUGAUUAAACUUGUACUCUCUAUUCUAGUUAUCCGUAUGCCAUUAUAAAGCAAAUUACCGAACCAGCUUUUAAAUUUGUUUA